AUGACGGACAACAUGCAGGAGGACACGAUAGUGGAUGAGCAAUCAUCUUCUCGAGAUUUUGCGAAGCGCAAAGCCUCUGAGCCCAAACCAAAAACGAUACAUUUCACGUCCCGCAAUCCACCCUGGACCUAUCUCAAGCUCCAGCUUGUUCCUCAGCCAGGAAACACACCUCAACCUCUCGACCCUCUCUCCGCACGCACCUACCUCUCCUCCGCACUGUCGCAAUUCCUCGGCUUGACAGGAACGGCGAUCCCUAUCGACAUACUGAAGCUUGAGCAUGGACUCAUUUCGACCCCAAAAUCCGACGCUACAUCUACAACGCAAUCUGCCAAAACUCCUCGACAUGACUCGGUGUGGAUUCGUGUCCCGCGCGAAGACGCCGCAGCUGUUGUCGCUGCAGUGAGCUCUUGGAUCGGGGGCGGAAACAAUACAACAGGCUCUGCGGGUGUCGCGUGGAGGGUUAGCGCCAAGGGAAACUUUUUGGGUGCGUUGACGGCUGGGUCUGGAGCGGAUCUGUUCGUUCCCUAG